AUGCCAGAGGGAAAUCAUAGUGUGGUGACUGAAUUUAUCCUGACUGGAUUCCCUGGACUUCAUCCAGAGUAUCAAGGCAUUGCCUCAGCAGUACUGUUCUUAGUUUAUCUCCUAACUGUGACAGGCAAUUUUACAGUUCUUUUUUUAUUCGCAGUUGACCACAGCCUUCAUAAGCCUGUGUAUUAUAUCAUUUUAAAUCUGAGUGUAUGUGACCUUCUCUUUAGCACAACUGCUUUACCUAAGAUCAUCAGUAAGUAUUGGUUUCAAUCAGGGAGCAUUUCAUUCACUGCUUGCUUUGUUCAGAUGUACUUUGUUCACUAUCUCGGCACAGUGAAUUCAUAUAUUCUCUUCCUGAUGGCUUUAGAUAGGUACUUGGCAAUUUGUCAUCCUCUCAGAUACCCCAAUGUACUUAAAAACUCCACUGUCCUCAUUCUCAGUAUUUUUGCAUGGGUUGUUGCUAAGGCUCCCCCUUUAAUGUUAGUUAUUAGGGCAUACCCUCUUCCUUACUGUGCCUCAAACAUCAUUAACCACUGCUACUGUGAUCAUAUUGGUAUAACAGUGCUUGCAUGUACUGACAGGGCCCCUUAUGGUUUUCCUGCUUUUGUGUUAGCAAUGAUUAUGUUACUGGGACCUCUGGCAUUCAUAAUUUUCUCAUAUUGCUCUAUACUCAUAGCAGUAUUUAAGAUAGCAAAUUUACAAAGUCGCAUGAAAUCUCUGUCCACUUGUAGUACUCAAAUGCUUAUAAUCGCGCUUUAUUAUUUACCGAGAUGUUUCGUAUAUUUAGCCAGCAAUGUUGGAAUUAAAUUUAGUGCUGAUGUACGAAUAGUAAUUAUCAUGCUGUAUAGCCUUUGCCCCCCCAUGAUUAAUCCACUCAUAUACUGCUUAAGAGCAAAAGACAUGAGAGAAAGCUUGUGGAAGCAAUUCAACAGAAGAACCUUUCCACAAAAAGCACAAGUUUCAGCUAUUAGUAAUUAA